AUGUUGAUUAUUGACUUGGCUCGAUCACCACCAGCCACACGAUUAUGGUACGGACUAUCCGUGACUAUGCUGUCCCACGCCGCUUCCGCGAUACGGAGUACACUGGAUCGCCCCAUGCACGGUGGAUCUGCCGAGUCUCCGAUGUGGCGGAAACGAGGCUUCUCGAAAAGGGACACAAGUCCCGGAAUCCGGGUGGAUUGUCAAGGUUCCACAACGGAAAAGAAGAAAGUGGCUGGGAGAGAUCCAUCGUGGUGGCUAGCUGGUGUACCAUACAGAGUAGUUAACUAUCGAUUGCCUAUUCGGGCGUAUCCAUGGUUCUAUGUUCCGCGCGGACAGUCCUCGCUGGCUAGUGGCAGCCUGUUCGACCUCAGCUCUGCUGGAUCAGAUUUGGAAUCGAAGACAUCACGGAGCUGA